AUGUACAAGGAGCUAGAGCAGCAGUUGAAUCGAGUUUUCCCUUCAUCACAUACAAAGAUGGAAUCCGAGUACGAGUACGACACCCCCGACUAUUCACAAUCGGACGAUCGCCAAAGCCGCCCUGAAGCGCUCAAAUUCGCCGAGCUCUCCGUCUCUGUUAACAACAUGGACGAACCUUCGCCGGAAGAGGAGGACUACGCCCGUCAGUACACUAGUCGACUACCAACUGAUCAACCUCUCUAUCAGAUCUACAUGCUGACAGAGAAUGAUAAACUCUUUGACGGAGUCCUUCUGAGGGCGAGCGACUCCAUGGAACACAAUGGUGGUGGUCAAGAAGAGCCAACGGCGGACACAACAACAACUGAUCUGUUUCGCAGAGAAUCUUGCGCCUCGUCAGACUCUGGUCGUGGAGCGGACUGCUCGACGUCGGCUUCCGCACUGACGUCGAACACAUCCAUGAGGAGGGAGCGAUUGAUAGCCACUUCCCAUUUUGGAAGUCAGCGAAGUCUGUGGUGUGAACUUGAAGAGGUGAAGGCUGCCGGUCUGCUAGCCACAUUGGACGAGGAGACGCGAAUGCGACAAGAGGCCUACUUCGAAGUGAUCACUAGCGAAGCAAGCUACCUACGCUCGUUGAACAUACUCAUCACGCAUUUUAUGGCAAGCCAAGAACUUAUGGGUAGGUUGUUUUCUCCGUCUUAUUGUUCGAAC